GGCCUCCUAUUAUGGUAACAAUCAAUUACGUUCAUCGAAGACUCGAGCUCGUUACGUAAUGACGGCUAGAAUAUCCACCAGCUAUCUGCGGAUGUGGAAGUGAAACCUCCUUAUGGCUAACGACUGAUGCAUGAUGUGAGAAAGUACGCAUAGACCCCCUAUAUAAAAGCAGGUAGCACGAUAUUUCGAUCAUACAGCCUUCCUCACCUUCCAUCAACCAACAUGAGGGCCUUGAUUGUCCUGAGCGCCGUCUGUUUGUGCGUAGCUCUAGCUGCGGAACCUGAAAAAAAAGAGGUUACGCAGGAGACAAAAAAACAAGACAAACGCGGUCUCAUCGACCUUGGCGAUCAUGGAUUCGGAGGACACGAUUUCGGGGGAAGUGAUUUCGGCGGACACGACUUUGGUGGUAGCUACGGUGGUAGCUACGGUGGUCAUGAACAUCACGAACAUGUCAAAACAGUUGUGGUAGAGAAGAAAGUUCCAGUACCAUACACUGUCACCAAGCACAUUCCAUACACUGUCGAGAAGAAGGUUCCUUAUGAGGUCAAAGUGCCAGUACCACAACCCUACACCGUGUAUAAGAAAGUUCCAGUACCGGUGAAGGAAUACAUCAAAGUACCAGUAGUUGUUCCUCAACCUUAUGAAGUCAUCAAGAAGGUACCAUAUGAAGUGAAAGUACCUGUACCACGUCCGUACGAAGUCAAAGUUCAUGUCCCACAACCUUACACUGUCGAGAAAAAGAUCCCUGUACCUGUAAAAGUUCCAGUUCCACAACCCUACACUGUUGAGAAGAAGAUUCCUUACCCUGUCAAAGUAGAAGUACCAGUACCACAACCUUACACCGUUGAGAAGAAAGUUCCAUACGAAGUCAAAGUACCAGUAGACAGGCCUUACCCUGUCCACGUACCAAAACCAUACCCAGUUGUUGUGGAGAAACACGUUCCAUACCCAGUCGAAAAACCAGUACCAUAUGAAGUUAAAGUACCAGUGGACAAACCUUACCCCGUUGAAGUACCAAAACCAGUACCUUACCACGUUAAAGUACCUGUUCCUCAACCCUACACCGUUGAGAAGAAAAUCCCGGUAGAAAUCGAGAAACCUGUACCAUACCCAGUUAAAGUGCAUGUCGACAAACCAUACCCUGUGAUAAAAGAGAUCCCAUAUCCAGUAGAGAAAGAGGUACCAUACCCAGUGAAGGUUCCUGUUCAUGUUCCAGUCAAAUCCCAUGAACAUGGUUGGAACUGAAAGCUUUAUCUGUGUUACUCCAGUGAUCUCUUUCAAAAUAGGAUGCGUGAUGUUAACAACUCCACGGCAAAGAUGUGAUGCAAAAAGCAUUUAUUUCUGAAGAAAUAGCGAGUGCAUCCGAAGAAAAUAGAUUGCUUCUUUAUAUUGCGUAUCCAAUUUUGUUGAGUUCACUGAAUUAGUCUUCAAUUGAUUGUUAUGUAAUUUCUAUUCUCGAUGCAUGUCGAUCUACAUCUUGACGUUCAACUUCGUUUCGACAUUUGUUCACUCUGAAUUACUUCCUUGAGUCCUGAAAUCGUGAAGCGUGCAGUAUUAUUACCUAGAAACUAUGUUGAU